GCCCCGAUCGUGCAACUAAUUUUCAUAUUUAUUUUCUUCCCUUCUUCCUCCAAUCGAUAAGUUUGUUUAGUGUAAUUGCCCUGAACCAAAACCCAAACAGUUUCUCACACAGCGGAGGUUUAAGCGUAAAUUCGACGAGAAUGCGUAAGGACGAAGCCAAGGCCCCCGGCGCCAUGCCGCAGCAGCAGCGAUCGCACAUCCAGUUCUUCGUGCGAAUGAUGUCUGCCGGAAACACGAUUGUGAUGCAAGCCUUCCCCGAAGACACGGUCAAAUCGAUUCACGAGCGUAUCCAAAGCAUGAAGGGAAUCCCAUUGUUCGAGCAGAGGUUAAUUUAUCGCGGGAAACAGCUCCAGUGGGAACAGACUCUUGCCGAGUGUUUCAUUCAAAACGACGCCAACCUUCAAUUAGUUGGCCGUAUGCGCAGUACCGAACACCCUCAAGCCUGGCAAGUUAUCAACGACAUGGUUUCUCUCGUUUACCGUCUUUGCCGCGGCGAGACGGUUCACGAUGCCUUGAAAACCGUCAAGGGUUUGAUGACCAGUUACUUGAACAUGACUCCCAGAAUUGACAACGACUCUGCCUCUGGCUACUUUCAGAUUUUCAUGUCUUCUUCUGCCCCCGCUGUGCUUGUUAUGCUCUAUGUGUCCCCUUACGCAGGUAACAAGGACUGUGCUGAUUCCUCUGUUAGACACUUUUUGAGUUCCUGUCGCAAUAUUUUGUCCAAGGCAUUGCACGGCCAGUGUGCGCGUGUGGUGUUGGAGUUUUGUAAAUUGCUUAGGAGAGUGGGGUCUCACGACCCUUUGUAUCUCUUUUGUCGUAGUACUUUUGGGUCCUUGUUGGAAACUGCUGGAGUUUCCUAUGGUUCCGGUUCGGAUAAUGUUAAGGGGCUGGUUUUGAUUCAGGAUAUUUUCCCCUUUGUUUGUGAGCUUGCUAACAGCUUGUUGAGGGAUCUGGACUUGAGUAUUGUGUCCCCCUCGGCCGCAGGGCCUUUGUCAAACGAUGUUGGGGAUUUUUCUGCAUUCUUACUGCCUUUGAGGACUGGAAUUAAGGAGCAACAGGCUGUCAAGGAUUCUAUGGCUCAAGACAAACACCACAAGCUCGCAGAAGAGAUUGAAUAUCUUCAUGGUUUGUACGUUCAGUUGUUGAACAAAAUUGAUCAGUGCCUUCAAAAAAUGGACCAGAGUUUGGCUGGCCAGGAAAUGAUGGAGGGGGAUAAUCUUUAUCCUGCCUGGUCUCAUUAUCUUUCCAUCUUGAAGGAGUUGUAUCAAAUUUCAAAGCUUUAUGAUGGUGCUGAAGAAAAGCUUUGGGGUGUUUUGACGCGGCAAAGAAGUGUGCUAUGUCUGCUGAUAGUUCGAUAUGCGAAGAGAACUGAUGAGCAUCAGUGGAUUCUGGAGCAUAGGUAUGUAACCAAUUUUGAGUCUAGAAGGCAUUUGGCCAUGAUGAUGUUCCCAGAGGUAAAAGAGGACUAUGAGGAGUUACAUGAGAUGCUUAUUGACAGGUCUCAGUUAUUGACUGAGUCUUUUGAAUACAUCGCACGUGCUGAGCCUGACUCCCUGCAUGCUGGCCUGUUUAUGGAAUUCAAAAACGAGGAAGCUACUGGCCCAGGUGUAUUAAGGGAGUGGUUUCUUCUGGUAUGCCAAGCAAUAUUCAAUCCACAAAAUGCUCUUUUCGUAGCUUGCCCAAAUGAUCGAAGGAGAUUUUUCCCUAAUCCUGCAUCUAAGGUACAUCCUCUGCACCUUGAGUACUUCAGCUUCGCUGGUCGAGUUAUUGCAUUAGCUUUGAUGCAUAAGGUGCAAGUUGGUAUUGCUUUUGAUCGUGCGUUUUUCUUGCAAUUGGCGGGAAACUAUAUUGCUAUAAAAGAUAUAAGGGAUGCAGAUCCUUAUCUGUAUACUAGCUGCAAGCAAAUAUUGGAUAUGGAUGCUGAUUUGAUUGAUUCAGAUGCAUUAGGACUGACAUUUGUUAGGGAGGUGGAGGAAUUAGGACAGAGGAAAGUGGUUGAGCUCUGCCCUGGUGGAAAAAAUCUUGCAGUUAAUAGUAAGAACAGGGACAAGUAUGUUGAUCUUCUUAUACAGGAUCACUUCGUAACAUCCAUAUCUGAGCAGGUAUCACAUUUUGCGAAAGGUUUUGCAGAUAUUCUCUCAAACUCAAAGCUCCAGCAGUACUUCUUCCAAAGUUUAGACCUUGAAGACCUUGAUACGAUGUUGCAUGGGAGUGUUGCCAUGUUUUCGUUGUAGGAUAUUUCUCGAUCUUCUUUUUUGCUUCACACGUGUUCUCUUUCUUUUUAAUGCUGAUUUAUUAACUAUUGGACCGUUAGAAGACCUUAAGCCGUUACCUAACUUAAGGGGUUUGAGAAUAACAAUAAUUUUAGCUUAUAGGUUAGGAAAUGGUAGAUUUUUUGAGUUUUGUUGCCAGUGUUAGCAAUAACUUAAAAAUUUAUGAAUGACCCACUUGCAGGUGAGUAUAGGAACCAAUUAAAUUCAAUCACAAUUGGCAAAUGAUUCAGUAUCUUAGGUAUAUUAAUCGAGAUUUGAUUCUUACA